GCUGCAUGUGGGCAGAUAGCUCCAAUCGACUGGGAGGAGGGCGGCUUACAGGCAUGCGGGGUACUGCUUCCAGAGAUCGACCCGGUCCAGCACAGCGAGAACCAAAUUGGCCAGAUGGAAAGCGAGUCGGGACUUUGCAAGAUUGGCGAGGCCACGUACUCUGAGGUGUUUUCUGCACAGUGGCGCUAUGUUCCACGAACCCGCUACGAUAAGUUCAAUAGCAAAAAGGGGAAAGUGAGAGGAGAGCGUCUGAUGCAGGUUGCGCUCAAGAUCAUCCCAUUCGGCAAUGCAAACGUCAAAUCGGGCACUGGCGAGCCGCAGACGACGCUGCGCGAUCUGUACCAGGAGAUUGGCGCCACGCUAGCGCUCAGCAGGCUAUCUGAGCGCGAGCGCGAUAAGCUGCAGGAUGCGCGUCUGAACUUUAAAACGCCGCUGAAGCCGAAGGAGCGCGAGUUGGGCGCCAAUUUUGUCAAGGCGUUCCGCGUAUGUAUCUGCCAAGGUACACUGCCGGCGCCGUUGCUGCGUGCUUGGGAUCGGUGGAAGGCCGAAUACCCCGACUUGUGCGAGAAUAUCCGGCCAGAUUAUUAUCCGCCCAACCAGCUGUUCGCAGUGUUUGUUCUUGAGUUGGGCGGCGAGACGCUAGAGAAUGCGAAUGUAUCGACGUGGAAGGAGGCACGCAGCAUCAUCCGGCAGCUUGCCCUGUCGAUGGCACUCGCUGAGCGGCAUAAUCAGUUUGAGCACCGCGACCUGCAUUGGGGCAACAUCAUGAUCACCCGGUCCAACAGCCACCAGACAUUUUUGUACCAACUGCCGCCUGUCGACAGCCGACGAAACAGCAAGUUGAUGUCAAUCCCCAAUUACAAGGUGCGCUGCACGAUUAUCGACUAUACGUUAUCGCGCCUGCACAUAGACAACGAUGCCAACGACGCGACCGGCAGCAAGCCGGCCAACUAUGACCCGGCCAACAACGUAUUCUAUGUUGCACUGAAGGACGAGUCGCUGUUUCGUGGUGAGGGAGACAUCCAGUACGACGUGUACCGCAAGAUGCGGGCUUCUCAAAGUCCAAUUGGGAAGAAUUCCACCCGCAUACAAAUGUGCUGUGGCUGACCUACGUGCUGCACAAGAUUCUGCUGACAAAGUCGCCGACUAUUCGAGAUGAACUGAUGGCGUUUGCCGAGAGCAAGCUGGGCGCUGCCUUUGCCGCAGCUCCGUUCAACCUCAAGCGCGCUGCCAGCCAAGAGGUGCUUCGCCGGUGGAUCGCCGAGUUCGAGCAGUGCGAGACAAGCUCGCAGCUGCUCAAGUGUGCUCUGCUUGACCUUUACAAAAGCUAAUUGUGUAUCUGUCAAAUGGUCCGGCUGUGCGCAUUUUUAUGUGUAAAUAAAUAUUAUUCAAAUAUUACAAAGUAAACUCAGCAGCUGGCUUCAGACCAUUUCGAGCGAUACCCCUCUCAGCAUUGCGAUGACAAGGCAAAUAAGCUCACGUGCAGCAAAGGGGCUCGUUGAAUAAUCGGUCCGAGGUAGCCUUGAAACGGGCUGGCACCUUUGGUCUGGCGCUAUGAUGGCGGGAGAUCAAACCACCUUU